CUGAUGAUUUGUGACUUAAAUUGCCAUAGUUAUCUUAUAUGGGUUAUGUGCUUAGAUAAUGUAGGUUAUGACCCUUUAUGAAAACUCUUCUCAAUUUUCUGCAAUCGAGAAUCAAAAUUGUGUAGAUUUGCCAUUAUUUUAAUGUUCAUUAAGGUAUUUUAAUUUCUCUAUGGUCUCGCCGUAACAGAAACAUAAUCUAGAGACCAUUGGUGAUAAAUUACGUAACUAUCGCUGAAACCAUAAUAUAACCCUACUUUUAUACACAACGUAACCUAAGCUUUUUACUACGGCAUUUAAGCAAUUUUUGUGUUUUUAUAUCGAAUAGUUUAAUUGAAUAUUACACAGCCAGAAUGGUGUUCUCCAGUCUGGUAAAUUAUGUUCGUUCGAGAGGGCCGGACGAGUUUUGGAAAAAGCGGAGAAUUUUCAAACUCGCUGCGCAUUAUAUCGGGAGAAGGCGUAACUGCUACAGUAUUGCGGUUCGUUCUGUGCAUAGGGCAUUGGCUUAUGUUACCAAAGGAAGGAAGCUGAAGAAGUUGGACAUGGCAGAUUUAUGGGUUACGAGAAUUGAAGCUGCUUGUGCUCAACAUAACUUAGAGUAUAAGACACUACGAAACUCUUUGAAUCAAUCAGAUAUUUUGAUAAAUAGGAAGAUACUAUCUGAACUUGCUGUUUGGGAACCUCAUACUUUUAAAGCUCUUACCGAUAUUGCAAAAAGAAGAACACUCGAUGAUGGACUGGCCUCGAUUACAACAAGUAAUUCCGAAGUGGAUAGAAUUAUUACCAAAGGAACACUUCAUGUUAAUAAGCAAUAGAUAUGAUUGUGAGUAGAAUUUUAGAAACUAAAUAAUAUUUUGAUCAAAAAUUAUGUUUGCUGUGUAACAUAUUGUAAUAUGGCAUGUGAAAAAGUGAAUUAAACAUUGUUUAGAAUGCUGUUA